AUGGAAGUAAACGCGACGAUGGAAGAGGAGUUGACGAACGCGACCGAUCUGCUAAAUCUGUCCAACGUUCUGAUCGACACCGGUCAAUCGAACGGUUCGACCGAUGUUCCAUACGAGCACGUGCUGGAAAACGUGCUUCUUUUAACGGUGAAGGGGAUGGUGAUGGGCUUCAUCAUUCUGUGCGCCCUGUUCGGCAAUCUAUUGGUGAUCGUGUCGGUAAUGAGGCACCGGAAGCUCCGGGUAAUUACCAAUUACUUCGUGGUCUCGUUGGCGUUGGCUGACAUGCUGGUGGCGAUUUUCGCGAUGACGUUCAACGCGUCGGUCGAGCUGUCCGGCAAAUGGUUGUUCGGCUACUUCAUGUGCGACGUGUGGAACUCGCUGGACGUGUUCUUCAGCACCGUCUCGAUCCUCCACCUGUGCUGCAUCAGCGUCGAUCGUUACUACGCGAUCGUACAGCCGCUCGACUAUCCGUUGAUCAUGACGAACCUACGGCUGAGCACCAUGCUGAGCGUGGUCUGGUGCUCGCCGACGGUGAUGAGCUUCCUGCCGAUAUUCGCCGGCUGGUACACCACCGAGAAGCACCUCGAGUACAGGAGGAAUUAUCCGGACGUGUGCGUGUUCCAAGUGAACAAACUCUACGCGGUGAUCAGCUCCAGUGUGAGUUUCUGGCUGCCCGGCAUCAUCAUGAUCGCCAUGUACUACAAGAUUUAUCGGGAGGCUGAUCGCCAAGAGCGGAUGCUCUAUCGGUAAGUCCUCGUUUUUCCCAUUUUUUUCAACUUUCAGCCUUGUCCAAGAGUUUGUCAAAUAUUAUUUGCGAUAUUAAAUCAUCAUACAUCAUAAUAUUACUACGAAACGGUGUGUAAUUCUUUCUACGAAAUUUUCUUCUUUUUUUUUUUUUACUUUCUUUUCGCGCUACUUUUCGAACGUCCCACGUCGUCAAGGUUCAGAGAUCAAAUUCGCUAAUUGAUGAAGAUUAAAUUUCAAUUAGACUCCCAACUAUCCAACUGAUUCGAAACAUCGUCGGACUCUUUUCUAAUCGAUCUCUGCCGACGUGAUCUCCCCGUCUCUUUCGGAACACGCGUGUUUGUUCUCCUCACUGGAGAGGUAAAUCCAUUUUUAGAUUGAAAUGGGUCAUCCGGCACACAAGCCGGCUUAGACUGCAUGCGCAAUAUGUCAAUUUUCGAGGAUGGUUGCAGCCGACCGACAAAGGCUUCCGGGACAUGAAACAAUGUAUGUAAUUUGAUUCGGUUCUUUCGUUCUUUCGAUCGCGUUCUCGCCGCUCGUGAAACGUUUCACGGCGCAGAAAAUCACCAGAUUUACAAUUCAAAACUCUUAUAAUGCUCUUUGCGAUAGUGAAGAAAAAUAUGAGAUCACGACGAUCGUUCUUGAAAUCAAUUUAAUACAAAUAGAAAUUCUCUCCCAAUUUGUUUUUCAUCGUGUGUUGAAGCCACUCUGUUCGCAACGCUCGCUAACUCGCUAAUUCGUUAGCCAAAUAAAAUGAGCCUUCGGAGCUUGCGUUUUGCGAAUAACUCGCUAAUUAAUAUUGUGUUUGAGUCUACCAUCUCGUUAAUUAUUUAGACGUGCAAUUACGCGGAAAGCGCGAGAACUGUAUCGAGAUUUCAAGAGUGUUUGACACAUACUCGCGAUAAUUAUUCUACGUUUCCGUUUCAAAUUCCGUAUACACGGUUCAGAUAAUAUUUCCCUGAUUACUUUCUCAAACGAUAUUAUAUCUCAAAUGCUCUUUAAUUUCACUUAAUUUCACGUUUCUAAACAGUGCGCGCGCGCGCGCGAAUAUAUAAAGUAUCGAAAGUAGAGCAGUUUUUAUAACGCUCAGUAACGCGAAUCAAUUUCUGCGCCAUUUUCCCAAUUGCAGUUCAUACAAUAACAACAAUCGUACGACGACUCGCGAUCGAUAUAAUUAUUUCAUUUUGCGCUCGUGAAAUUUUCCUCGUUUCUAAAAUAAUUUUAAACUCAAUUCCAAUAAUUUCGGCAAAAUAGAAUUCUAGUGGAAUUAAUUAAAUAUGAUUUUCAAUGGAUCUACUCCACUUUCAGUCCACAGUUGUGCAUCAAUCAAUUCUCGAUGAUAAAAUCAAAAAAAUCGAUUGAUUUAAUCGGUCAAUAGUCGAUCGUCGAUAGUCUAAUAAACGCGAUUAAAAGUUAAAGUUAGGAGUUUAAUCGUUACUUAUGAUCAACAGCUGCAGUUGGAAUGUAAUCAUUGUUGGAUUGCAAAUUUUUAUGCAUUUGUAAGAAAUUUCAAAGUGCGAAAUUGCAGGUAAUGCUCGUAACACAAGAAAAUAUCCAAAGUAUCUAAAGUACAGUGCUUUUUGUAGUAUUUGGCACGUAGAACAAUCCUGUAUCAAGGUUCUGUUGCUUCAAUCACACUCAAAAAGACAAAGACGAAUUAUUAUAUAAAAUAUCUCUUCAACUAUUAGAGUUUAG